GUCCCGCUUCAGUGCCACGCCCCUCUCCUGGCAUCCGUAACGCUAAUCCUCGCCUGGUGGUGCCAGCUCCCAAGAUGGCUUCCUCAGCAGCAAGGGCACUGAGAGCAGCGGGCGGGCGGCAGCUUCUGCUUCUGUGGGGGAGGCGGCAGCCCGUUACCCCCAGAACAGUAUGCUCCUCGUCCGCAUUGAGAAGGUUCGAUGAUCAGAAACGUGAUCCCGCUUCGUUCACAUCCACAAGCAAGGAACCCCAAGGGGAAGCCGGGAGAAGCCAGCCCGUGCCUCCCCCCAGGUACACGGAUCAGGGAGGAGAGGAAUCAGAAGGCUAUGAGAGCGAAGAGGAACUUCAGAGGCGAAUACUGAAUGCAGCUCUGCAGUAUGUUCCAGACUAUGGCUGGUCCUCGGAGGCCAUUGCCGAAGGAGCCAAGUCCCUGGAGCUGUCGGCGGCAGCGGCUGGACUGUUUGAUGACGGCGGCAGUGAGUUGGUUCUGCACUUUGUGUCUCAGUGUAACAAGCACCUGGCAGAGAUCUUAGCAGAGGAGCACAAGCUGGUGCAGCUUGGCAAUGCUGAGAAGAAGCCAGUAGCCCAGUUCCUGAGGGAUGCAGUGGAAACCCGGCUCAGGAUGCAUAUCCCGUACAUCGCGCAGUGGCCCCAGGCACUUGGGCUUUUGCUGCUUCCCAAUAAUAUCCCUUCCAGCCUAAAGCUGCUCACAGCUAUGGUGGAUGACAUGUGGCAUUAUGCCGGAGACGAGUCCACCGAUGUCAGCUGGUACACCCGCCGGGCGGUGCUGGCAGGAAUAUAUAACACUACUGAGCUUGUGAUGCUUCAGGAUUCCUCCCCUGAUUUUAAGGACACUUGGGCGUUUCUGGAGAACCGCAUCUCUGAGGCUAUGGUGAUGGGGAACUCGGUAAAGCAGGUGACGUCUACGGGGGAGGCCGUGGUACAAGGACUAAUGGGAGCAGCUGUUACUUUAAAGAACCUCGCGGGACUGAAUCAGCGGCGCUGAACGUGUGAGCCGACCUCCCGUGUGCUGUCACGCUCCUCCGCCGUGUCGUUGGCGGAAGGAAUGUGCGUCUUCCUGUGUGUAAUAAAGUUCUGUGGAUAUUGA